AACCCCAGGCCCGUUCCGAAGAUUGCCGAGGAGAGGGGUCGCGUCGUCCUCCACUCUUCUACGGCGUUUCCGGAGAUUGCCGAGGCGCUUCGGCCUUUUCCCCCUGUCUCCGGCGGCUGCCUCUGCCUCCUCCUCGGUUCUUUUCGGCGGCCCGAGUCAGUACCGAAGCCUCCCCGCCGGGCUUGGGCCAUUGGCCGUUCCCUUUGCCUCGUCGGGCGGACCGGGCUUCGGCUGGGCCUCGCGGGCUUCUCGCGACCGGUCGAGGCCGAAUAGUGAGGCCAGGCGGGCGGCUGCGGCUCCCCCAGCGGAAGCGGGGCGGCCGGGGGUCCGGCUCGGAUGGCGGAGGGCAUCCAGCAACAGCAGCAGCAGCAGCUCUUGCCCGGCGGCGGACUCGCCCCUCGAGGGGUCAAGCGGGAGCCCGAGCUGGAGCCGCCCAUGCCCGGAGGCGACGGGGCCGAGAGCGGCCAGAGCAAGAGGCUGCGCACCGAGGCGGAGGCGGACGGAGGCGGCGGCAUGCAGAAUGAGCCUCUGACAUCCAGUUAUCAUGGGUACCCAGCGAGAGACAGUCAGGUAACCAGGACCUGAGGGGGCAGCCAUGCUGUCAAAA